GCCCUGCUCUUAUGGUAGAACUGGUUGGGCAGUGAGGCAGUAAGUUGAUGAUGGCGUGCUUACUCUUCAGGCAGGAAAUCGGGCAAGUGGAAACAGACUUGCGUGGUAGGUGACACUGACCCAGUGAAGUGGCACAUGGAAUGGUUUGUGAGCACUGUUGUAAGUAGUGAUAUGUUUUAUUCUAGAGCCCAUUAAAGAAAUUGUGAAUAAUGAUUUCUCAUGCCAGCCUUUACUUCCAUUCAAGAUGUGUAGAUUGAUGGGGUAUGUGGAUUUUGAGCUGUGCUUUGCUGCAGGCUCUCUGCUUUUUUCCACGGAGAAUGAAUUGCCAGCCACCACCAGCGCACACGCCUGUCACAUCCGCUGUACAGCACCAACACAGCUGCUCCCAAGUUGCAUCCCAGGAUGUGUUUUGCUGCAGACCCUCUGCCUAGAUUUCCACGGCUGCUGUUAGAUACCAGCCAAAUCCCAGAUGAAAGUAACCCACCUUUUGAUUUAAAGAGAAUCUGAAGCGUUCUGCCCUGCUGUUUCUUAAUUGUGUUUUGUGUUUUCGGUGGAGGGGGUGGUGAGAGAAAAGGAAGAGAACCAUGAAUCACUGUACUGUGAAUCAGAGUGAGGACUUUUCAUUCCUUAGAAAAGGAACAUCAGGACAUAUGACUCGUGCAUAAUCUAGCCACUGCAUCGACUUGGGCGCAGUGGGGCUUGAAGAAAGCAGUGCACUUGUUGAUCCUUUGUAUAAGCAGGCAAAACAACUUCCGUGGAAGAGUGCAGUAACCAUAGUAGCAGGUAGAACGGCAUGACAUGAAUACCCUGAGCCUUCCCCUGAACAUACGCCGAGGUGGCUCAGACACCAACCUCAACUUCGAUGUACCAGAUGGCAUCCUGGACUUCCACAAGGUCAAACUCAAUGCAGACAGCCUGAAACAAAAAAUCUUGAAGGUAACAGAGCAAAUCAAAAUUGAGCAAACCUCCCGCGAUGGGAACGUUGCUGAGUACCUGAAGCUGGUCAACAGUGCAGACAAGCAGCAGGCUGGGCGCAUCAAACAGGUCUUUGAGAAGAAGAACCAGAAGUCAGCCCACUCCAUUGCCCAGCUGCAGAAGAAGUUAGAGCAGUACCACAGAAAGCUCAGGGAGAUUGAGCAGAAUGGAGCCUCCAGAAGCACGAAAGACAUCUCCAAAGACCACUUGAAGGACAUCCAUCACUCUCUCAAAGAUGCCCAUGUGAAAUCUCGAACUGCCCCCCACUGCCUGGAGAGUAGUAAAUUGGGCAUGCCAGGGGUGUCCCUCACUCCCCCCGUAUUUGUCUUCAAUAAGUCCAGGGAGUUUGCCAAUUUGAUUCGGAAUAAGUUUGGGAGCGCUGACAACAUUGCUCACUUAAAAAAUUCUUUAGAGGAGUUUAGGCCUGAAGCAAGUGCCAGGGCUUAUGGGGGCAGUGCUACCAUUGUGAACAAACCCAAGUAUGGCAGCGACGAUGAGUGUUCGAGUGGCACAUCAGGCUCAGCGGAUAGUAAUGGCAACCAGUCCUUUGGGGCAGGUGGGGCCAGCACACUGGACAGCCAGGGGAAGCUUGCCAUGAUCCUGGAGGAACUGAGGGAGAUCAAGGACACCCAGGCCCAGCUGGCAGAGGACAUUGAGGCACUGAAGGUGCAAUUUAAGAGAGAAUAUGGCUUCAUCUCUCAGACCUUGCAGGAGGAGAGAUACAGGUACGAGCGACUAGAGGACCAGUUGCAUGACCUGACUGACCUCCACCAGCAUGAGACGGCCAACCUGAAGCAAGAGCUGGCCAGCGCUGAGGAGAAGGUGGCCUACCAGGCCUAUGAGCGCUCACGGGACAUCCAGGAAGCCCUGGAAUCCUGCCAGACGCGCAUUUCUAAGCUGGAGCUGCACCAGCAGGAGCAGCAGGCCCUGCAGACAGACUCAGUGAAUGCCAAGGUGCUGCUGGGGAAGUGCAUCAAUGUGGUGCUGGCCUUCAUGACCGUCAUCCUGGUGUGUGUGUCCACCCUCGCCAAGUUCGUCUCUCCCAUGAUGAAGAGCCGUUUCCACAUCCUUGGCACCUUCUGCGCUGUGACUAUCCUGGCAAUAUUUUGUAAAAACUGGGACCAUAUUCUCUGUGCCAUAGAAAGGGUAAUUAUACCAAGAUGAAGCCCCAGGUUCCUGCCUUCACGUUCUUGCAAGUUUUUAUUUUGAAGAACACUCUGUGCAUACUACCAAAUUUUUAAAUGAACAGUUGUGCAGACUAGAGAUGACAAGAAGGCUUGGAGCUGUGUGGUGUAAAUAACUACAGUUUUGUAACUCAGUAGCAGUUGCCAACUCAGUCCCUGUCCUUAGUUACCGUGAAUCUGUCUGGAGCUCUCUCCACAUUGCUCACUGCCUUAAUCAGACCAGAUUCCUGCCCACCUGCUGAGCCCAGCAGGGGGAACUAACUCUGUGUAUUGAGCACUUUGCAUAAUUAGUGACAUCCCCCCACCGCCCCCCUCCUCCAGGAAAGGGUGCCUCCUUCUUUCUCUUCCUUUAAAUCUCUUAGCACAAGUGAGCUUCACCAUGGUGAAUGUUCCCCAGUGGUUGUGUUUUCCCUCUUGUAAAUGGAAAGGACAUGACACGAGGCCAUUCUGGGAGGUGAAGAAACAUUGGUGUUGCCAACGUGGACCACGAGCCUGAGAAAGGGUAGUGAAUCUCUGUGUGAUCCGUCAUACCUGUCCACGUGUGACCCAAGGUCCCACUGUGUGUGCACCGGGCUAGGCUGUGUGUGGCCUCCUGACAGGGAAACCUUGUGCCUGUUUAGCCACAGGUUGUGUUGCACUGGUGAGCCACUAGGAUGUACAAGCCAGGCUCUCCUCUGAUUUAACCACUACUGGUUAGCGAAAGCUGUCUCAGCAUGCAGAAAGGCUCCUACUGCCUCAGCACAAGUGCUUUGGCGGCAUCAUUAUGCUGGCUCCUGCGAGCACUGUCCAGCGAUUUGUGCCAAGGCAAAUCCUAGCUGCGAUAAUCCAGACCCCCUCUGAGAAUACGAUUCCCUUCACUCUUGGCUCUGUGAAGAUCACAUUGCAAAGCUUCCCCCGGGAAAUGAAAACAAGCUAUGCUUAUAGUACAGGGUUCUUCUUAAAGAAGAACAACAGAAUCAAUCUUUAGAAAGCUAAUGUGCCUCAAAGUCAGACACUGGAGGCAUGAGGAAGAAUGUGGCCUUUGCUCUGAUCGGAAGGUAACUGGAUUAGAUUCAGCUAAUGGGAGACAUUCUUCUGGGUGGAGAUUGAGAGGCUCUACUUGGGGGGAGGCGGGGGAGGACACAAGAAUAACAUAAGUCCCAUCCAGUGCUAGAGUCAGAGUUUCUGUCCACCUCUUAGGAUCUUAUGGAGGCAAGAUUGAUGGUAAUGGGACGUACGUUCCGCCUGCCACCCAGGGGAAGUGUUCAAGAGCUGUGUCUUUGGCCUCGUGGCGAGGCCCUUCUCUGUCCGCAGCAAAUUGGUCCUUUCCUGUGAAUUGGUUUCUCUGUGUACCUAAUACCAAGGUGGAUGGAGAAAAUAGUGAUGGGAACUCCUGUCCCCUCCUGAUCCUGCUGCCACCCCACCAUUCCUGAAUGGGGAGAGAUGCUUUCAACAGGAGAUGCCCCAUCUCCUGGAUAUAAGUUAAGUGCAAUAUUCGCAAAUAGCUGUUCUUGGAGGAAAUCUGGAAAAAAACAAAUGUGACAGGACUUGCCAUGGUGUGAGAGAAUUUAGUACACAUCCAGCAUGGAUGAAUGAGACUCAGGCAACUCUAGCUUGCUUCCUUUUUCUCCUUUUUAAAAUGUACAAUUCAGUCAUUUUAAUAAAUUCACAACUGCCCCAUCAUCAGAUUUGUCCUGAACUACUUCCAGACUUGAGGUUUUUUUUAAAAAAAAUAACAAAAAACAUAAUUUCAUGAAAUCUGUGGUUAUAAUGUCUUUUGGAAUCAGGGACGCAGUGCUGCGUAGCCCUGUGCCCUGUGCUUGUCAGACUCCCAGGCUGAUGUGCUCACCAUGACCCUCUGACUCCAGGGCCCAGAUAUGUCCCAGAUAUGAGCUGGGAGGGAGAAAGAAUGAUAUGCUUCCUUUUGCUUUUAUAGUUUAAUGGCCAGCCUCCCCUUUCCCUGUAGGCAUCAGACGCCAGCAACUUAAACCCAAAAGUUAAGCUGAGCCUCCUGGGUUUCUCUUUAGUUUCUCUUGGGCAUCUUUCUGAGGGUACUUUGGACAUGCCAGGGGUGAGGGGAGUGAGGCUUGAAGUUCUGGAAGGACCCCAAAAGACACAAAUCCUGUUCUCACACUGCCACACAACACACCAUGAUGCAGUUUAGGAAGGCUGUGACCGACACCUCAGAGCUGUGAUCACCCUGUCGUCUCCCCAGGGAAAGGGCAGAAGAGUGAGAAGCAGCUCACUCCAUCCCCUCCACUCCUAGGCUGGAGCUACUAACAGAACCAACUAGAAACUGGCUCCUUUUUGGAAUACUGAAAGGUCUAAAUUACCCUGAAAUUCCCCUAAAAGCGAACCUGAAACUCCCCUGAAACAAUCCAUAUUUCCGUUGGCUCAUUAAAUGUCAAGUAACCUUGCCUUGCUUGGCCGUGGUUCAACCUACAUGGCAUAUUUAUUUUAGACUUGUGGAAAGUUCAUGAAGCUUUUCUAUUUUUUCAUAAGAUGAUGUCAGAGUAUAAAGAGACCUUUUUACUCUCGUGAUUAAUUAUUUUCUUAAAGACUACCCCUUUCCCUACUUGUUCUCUUCAGUGUAUAAGACUAAAUGAAAAUUUAUAUACAAUUAAAACUAGUGAUACAGCUGUGACAUACCCAGAAGUUGGAUGUUUGAUUUACUUUCCAGAUCCUUCUCUGUACUUUCUGGUGGUAGUAAACAUCUACUCCCCUAAAAAUGAGAGCUAGUUGUCUGAUGGGUAAACCCCUGGUCACUCUGAAACAUCAUCAAGUGAUUUAAGAUCCUAGACUCUAGAUUCUAGCACUGAAAUUUUGUGUGUGACAUAUUGUCAUAGUCACCUUGAUAAUGAUAGUUUGUAGGGAUCAGACCAAAACUUAAAAGUACUUUCCUGUGGGUUCUGAGUUAUUUCAUAUUUUGAGUAUGAUUAAGCCCCGAUAAAACUUCUCUUCCCAUCCCCCACCCUCAAAACUUAAAAAAAAAAAAAAACCAACCCUCAUAUAUAACCAGUAAAAGCCUUCCAUCAAUGAUGUUGGACAAUGAACAAAAGACUGUCUUCCCAGGUUUUUAGCAUGGAAAAUUUGUUUUAUGCUUACUAAUAUGAAGAUGUGUGAUUCAACCACAUGUUUUGCAUGUGUCUUUAAUUGUGAGGAGUAUGUUGUGGGGACACACAAAGACAGCAUUAUUGGAGAAAGAUGUUUUUAGAGGAUUAUUGCAUGACUAAGGAGAGCUUAGUCUAAAAAGAUAAGUCACAACAAAGGAUAGGAAUGGUCUAUUUACAGCAAAAGUAGAUAAACUUUAAAAAAAUCACUAACAGAAGUGUGAGAACCUAUAAGAUAUAAAACAGAACUAACAUAACCUUCUGAAGU